ACUGUCGCAAAACCUGGCCUUAGGGCUCUAGGCCCGAAACGUCAGCUUUCCUGCUCCUCUGAUGCUGCUUGGCCUGCUGUGUUCAUCCAGCUCUGCACCUUGUUAUCUCAGGGCUGGGAUUAAGUUUCAGCAGCAACAUGGAGAGAGAUUGUCUUCAGGAAUGUGUUUACAAGAUCAGGAAGCAACAUUGACGACAUCAUCAGUGUAUCGGAGUAAGAGUUGUGGAAAGGGUUCCAGGGUCUUGAUGAUGCUACGUGCUGGUCACUGCCUGAUGGACUCGUGGUCAAAGGUGACUUCUUUUGCAGAGUUUUGUCACGAGGUGUGGACAAUGCAGAAUAAUCCAACUAAUUGGAGCGUUGCACAGCACCAAGGCCCAUCCUUCGCAACACCAGGGACAGGUUUGCUGGUGGGAGCUUUAGAUGCAGUGCUCGAUUCCAAUGCCCGUGUUGCACCAUUUCGAAUUUUGCAUCAAAUGCCUGGAUCACAGGUGUAUUGGGCCAUAGCUUGUGGUAUGUAAAAUCUCCAUAAAGCUUACCCUAUUGCACAUUUUUCUAAACAAUGUUGUUACAUUUUGAAAGUACGAAAUUGGGACAAUAUACCGAAUUAGAUAUUUUCCAACAUGUACA